UAAUUGUGCACCGUGCUCUCGGUGGCGCACCCACACUCAAACGGCCUUAGGACGCAGCUCCUAUGAACACACACGACCACAGACGAAGAACGGAACAUGCACAAGUUUGUGCAGCUUGUGUCUCUCUCUGGCCUACCUUAAUGAAGUCCUCCAGCGUGAAAGCAUCUUCAUCGCCCUCUUCCUCUUCCUCUUCCUCUUCCUCCUGCUGCGCAGGGGCCUCCGGCUUGAUCGCCGCUUCAUGGUCCAUCCACUCACCGCCCCUUCCCUCUUCUUCGUCGGCCGCCUGAGGCGUGUGGGGGGGCGCCACAGGGGCUUCGCCUGUCUUGGCCGAUGGGUGCACCUCACUGCUGGUCGUCGAGCGGUCAACUCUUGCCAUGUCUGCGAUGUCCACUGCUCCUUCUGGCCGACCUGUCAUGGUGUCACGGUCGUCAGCCUUUGCCGCAGCCACGGCGCCGGGCAGUGCAGGCACUGGCUCCUCUGAACCACUUCCUUCUCCUUCGUCUUCUUCUUCUUCUUCUUCUUCGCCAUCCGCCGGGCUGUCUCUGAUGCAUAUCACUCUGUCAAGCCUAGUUCGCUGCUUUCGCAGCUUAGGCGCGGCCGGUUUCUUCGCCUCAUGUGACGACUCCUCCUCCCCGCUGCUGCUGCUGCUGCUGCUGCCGCCCUCACUCUCGCUUUCUUCCUCCUCUUGUUCAUCACUCUCAUCACUGCUAAGGCUCAGCGAGUAUUGCACCAUCAUUCGUGUCGACGCCCGCGCGAAACCCUCUUUUGGACUUGACGUGCGGGAAGGGAAGCCGCUCACACGGGACGUGGCCGAACGCAUGAAGGUGUACUUACGCCGGCUGGCCGCACGCCGCACCUCCUCUUUCUCUUUGUGGCGCUCCUGCGAUGCGGCGAUAAGGGCAUGCAGCAAAAAUGUCGACUCCCACCAGGUGCAAAACGAUUGCGAUGUCUCCGCGAAGCCGGCUUGUGGCACGAACGUCUCGAUGAAUUCGACGCUGCUCGCCAGAUAGGGCGUGACUCUGCCUCUUGUGAGGGUGGUCCUCAUGGCCCAUGCAAGCCAACAGACCCGACAGAGGGGCUCCAACACCCAUAGGAACCCUAACACCAUGACCCACCCGUAGCUGUAGACCGCAUAUAGGCCCCCCUUUUUGCCUCUGCAAAGGCUCCUCCAGCCGCCUGUGCGGCAGUACGUGUCAUGGGGCGAUAGCACAACCACGUGCCACAAGAUGAAGGCGCCGAGAGACACGACUAGCAGAAAGAUCGCGCGCCGCUGCCAAAUCUUCACCACGCGUCUCUUGGCCUCGUCAUUAAAAUGACCAAAGGUGACUUUCUUUUCCUGCACAGAGCGCCAGGUGAGGUUGAGGAACCAUGUGACGACAAUGGCCACACAGCUGUCGAUGAGAGCCAGGACGAUCCUGGAGAAAGACAAGGCCGGCGCAAUAUCGUCGUCGAAGUCAUAGGUGCUGCCAAUUUGCGCCCCGCCCCAGAGCAGCAGCAGCACACACAUAGUCUGGAACAGAGCCGUCAUCCAUCGCUGGUGAGCUGUCGUCUUCAGACUUCGCCCCUGCGGACUUGUGCACUGCCAUAGUGGGUGGACCGAUGGCAAAAGGACCAGCAUGAGAGAAAGAAAUGCGGCAGACGAGCUAAUGGCCACACGCACGGGCAUAAUUGCCCGCUGCAAAACGUAUUGCAGCUCGGUGUCGGUGAGGUACGGCUUGCCCCGCUUGAGCAGAGGCGACUUCGGCGAGAGAGAAGCGAUUGAGACGCGAGCGGGGGUCCGGGUAGCUGAUCGUUGCGUGGUAUCCCCCUUGAUAAGAAUACUCUUGUGAGUCUCGCUUCUGCCGGCGACACUGCUCUUCGUCGUCUCACCGCCUGCGUCAGUGGCCUUGUCGUAGUGUUUUGUUGCCAUCUUGCUCAGCGUCUUGGCCCGCUGCUGUACGAAGGUCCGCAUAGACACAAAGAUCCCCCGGCUGGUCAUGCCCUGGUCCCUCUGGCGUCGCUCGUCGUCGAUGUCUUUGAUGCGAUUUAUCGGGGAGACCAGCACCUCUACGUUGAGACUCUUGGACACUCGGUUGCACAAGUCCUUCUCAAUGUCAGGCCAGUUGCUCAGUAUCUUUGCGGCAGCGCCUCCGAUUCCUCCUUCCCUAGUUGGCGUCUUCUCCUCCCCACCCAUCCUGGUCUUCCGUCUUUCCAUACUCGCUGAGAUCUUCUGGUGCACUUUUAGCACCAGCACGAGAAUGUUCAACAGCACGUCGGAUGGCUGCAACGCCUCUGGAAUAUCACCAAGGUCCCGAGGCGAUGGCUGCUGAAAAUCCACUCCUCGAGACGCCGGCCGAGGAAAGAACGCCGGUUCCUCCUCUCUUGCGGUCUGCUGAGAACUUUUUGACCUCGACGUGGCUUGCGACGACUGCUUGUCACUUUGGUCCUUCUCCUUCUCCUGCCUCUCCUCUUCCUUGUCAUUCGCAUAGCUCUCGAGGAAAGCGCUAAAACCAGCAUCGAGGUGCAGCGACGCCCUUCGCACAUCAAUCGAUGGACGCCCAGCCGCAAGGGCAGGCUUUGAAGGGUGUGUGGGGGCCUUCCUUGAGUCUUGGGCACGUCGCGUGAUGAUGUUGCCCAUGCCAUCUCGGAGGACACGUGAAGGUGUUCCGGACACUGAGGGCGGGGCAGAGGAGACAGCUGAUGUGGGUGCCUCCUCUAUCAGGGAAGUCCACAGACGAUCGACCGGCAGCAGGAAGAACCUGACGAGGUCGCGCUUCCUCUGCACGAACGCCAGAUCCUCUUUCAGUGCCAUCGGCCCGACGACCAAAACCACCCCAUCCACAAGCAAGAACAAAAGGACCACUGUCCAUCCAGCCUUCUCCUCAUCCACUCGGUUGCCGUCAUCCGCCCUUACACCUUCGUCAGUCUCGUUAUUUCCUGAGAAGUCUGGUUCCUCCAAGUCGUGGCCGAUCAGAGAGAAAGGGCUCCAAAAGAAAGGCCGCUCUUCGUGCCGAGCUGGCAGGGAGAAGACAGCAACGUCUUGAGACAGGUUGAGGCAUCGGCACCGGCAAGAGGGUCGCGGGUCGAGGUGGA